AUGGAUCUGCACCGAGCCCAUUAUUUUCCCUUGGAGAUCUGGGUCAAGAUCCUCGAACUAGCCGCGCCCGAUUUUUGCGAACUGCCUCGCGGCCAUGAGCGACGCAACUAUUUGAGGCUCCGGCUCGUCAACCUUUUAGGGACUUUUGACCACCAAAUCCUCAAAACCCUCUUCCGCAGCACGAAUGACACCGCCACUCUGCGUCCAGAGCCAACAACGGAAAAAGCUGUCUCGUUGAUGCUCCUACUCAAGACUCAAACAGACAGUUCCGAUCGUGAUUCAACGCCUCUCUACCUCCAACAGUGGGCUCGCUUUAUGAGCACCCAGAAAGCUUGGCAGCCUGAUACCCCGAGUAGUUAUUACUCGUGGCUUGAGACAACAUGCUCUGCUGCCGUGUAUGAGCGUGGACCGAUGUGGUCGCUCUUGUACCUCGUGCAAGCCCAAAAUCAGGCGAGCUAUCUUGAUUUCGACGUCGAUCUCCCAAGUAAACUUCUAGACUCUUGUGAUCCUGCGACUACCGGAGACUCUAUUCCUCUAAAAGAAGCAUACGGCGCUCUUCAGUUAGCCUGCCGACACGGGAACCUCCCAGCGGUCAAGAUACUACUCGGCAGCGGAGUCGAUCAAUCUGCUCGCCACUCUCUCUUUGGCGUCCCUUUAUUCAACGCAGUCCGAAACGGUCAUGCGGCUAUUGUCCAAUGUCUCCUAGAUCGCGAUCGCAAUAUUCCGCUUCCACACCGCUAUUCGUCGCUGCUGAGACUUGCCCUAGACUUAGGUCACUCACAAGUUUUUGAAGUGCUUUUGAAGAGCUCCCGUGGUGAAGAAAAACAGUUCAUAAACUACUGCUUUUCCAAUGCAUGCCACCAGGGACAGGUCGACAUCGUCCGACGCUUUACCGCUGGUGUGACGCGCAAAACCUUCGACUGA